UUUUCUUCUUUUUUUUUUUUUACUUUUACAAGGGGAGCUCCCCUUUCCCGACACACACGACGAACGAACGCACGACGCAUCACACGCGAAACAACCCUGAGAACCCACCCCACCCACCCGCGGAAUUGCGUGCUGAAGCCCUGAGGUCCCCACGAUGGCCUCUAACGCUCCGGUCUACGGGACCGGCGCGGAUCUCGAUGCCGCCGGUCUGAGAAAACGAACGGUCGUAGGAGGAGAUACUGUGUAUACACCGCUACCGCUGACGGAGGAGGACGACACCAAGAAGAAGAGUCCGGCAAGAGGGGGCGGUAUAGAUAUCGAGAGCAUCCUUGCGCCCAUAGUAUUCACACUCGCGGCGUUCUUCACGCGGAUGUGGAAGAUUGGCCAGUCUGAUAUCGUUACGUGGGAUGAAGCUCACUUUGGAAAGUUCGGAUCGCACUACCUGAAACGGGAAUUCUACUUCGAUGUCCACCCUCCGCUGGGAAAGAUGCUCGUCGGUCUGUCGGGAUACCUGGCUGGCUACAAUGGCUCGUUCGAGUUCAAGUCCGGAGAGAAGUACCCGCCGGAGGUCGACUACCAGUUCAUGAGGAUCUUCAAUUCUGCGUUCGGAGCGCUCUGCAUUCCGCUGGCCUACUACACCGCCAAAGAGUUCAAGCUCUCGAAGAAGGCGACUUGGCUGAUCACUCUGAUGGUGCUGUGCGAUAACUCGUAUGCUACUAUCAGUCGCUUCAUUCUUUUGGACGCCAUGCUUCUGUUCUUCACCUUCACGACCAUGCUCUGUUUCGCGCGUUUCCACAGCCUGCAGAAGAGGUCGUUCGGCUUCCAGUGGUUCAUGUGGUUGAUCCUUUCGGGAAUUUCGGUCGGCUGUGUCUGCAGUGUCAAGUGGGUUGGAUUGUUCGCGACCGCGGUCGUCGGACUGUACACCGUUGAGGACCUGUGGAACAAGUUCGGGGAUCUCAGGAUGCCAGUGCACACCUACGCAGCUCAUUGGUUCACGAGAAUCAUCGGACUCAUCGUCAUCCCAUUGCUGGUUUACAUGGCCAGCUUCAAGGCUCACUUCAUCAUUCUCGAGAACUCUGGUCCCGGUGAUGCUCAGAUGAGCUCGCUUUUCCAGGCCAACCUCAAGGGCACUGAUCUCGGAAACAGCCCGCUUGAGGUCGCCAUCGGUUCCCGUGCCACCCUCAAGAACAUGGGAUACGGUGGAGGACUUUUGCAUUCCCACGUCCAAACCUACCCUGACGGUUCCGGCCAGCAGCAGAUCACUUGCUACCACCACAAGGAUACCAACAACGACUGGUUCUUCUACCCGUCCCGCGGCGAACCCCUAUACAAUGCUUCUUCUGAUGAGCUGCGCUUCGUUGGAAACGGCGACGUCAUCCGUCUCAUCCACGCUCAGACUGGACGCAACCUUCACUCGCACGCCGUCGCUGCGCCCGUCACCAAGGCGGACAACGAGGUAUCGUGCUACGGAAACUUGACCGUUGGCGACCACAAGGACCAUUGGACUGUCGAGAUCGUCGCGGAUACUUCUAGCAAGGAUAAGAGCAAGCUUAGAACUUUGACCUCGUCGUUCAGACUCAGACACACGUCUUUGGGCUGCUACCUUCGUGCCGGAAACGUCAACCUUCCACAGUGGGGUUUCAAGCAGAUUGAGACUACCUGCGUCAAGAAGAACAACCCCCGCGACAAGUACACCCACUGGAACGUUGAGAGCCACUGGAACGACAAGCUUCCCAAGGCCGAUGUCAAGUCCUUUAAGUCGCCGUUCCUCAAGGACUUCCUGCACUUGAACGUUGCCAUGAUGACCUCCAACAAUGCCCUUGUUCCGGACCCUGACAAGCAGGACGACCUGGCUUCCCAAUGGUGGCAGUGGCCCAUCCUGCAUGUCGGUUUGCGCAUGUGCAGCUGGGAUGACAAGAUCGUCAAGUACUUCCUCCUCGGCAACCCGCUCGUUUACUGGGGCUCCACCGCCACCCUUGGAGUUUUCGGCCUGCUGGUUAUCUUCUACCUCAUCCGCUGGCAGCGUGGCUACAAGGACCUCACCCAGGCCGACAUCGACCAGUUCCACUACGCCGGUAUUUACCCGCUGUUGGGCUGGGUAUUCCACUAUGUCCCGUUCAUCGCCAUGGGCCGUGUCACCUACGUGCACCACUACUACCCGGCUCUGUACUUUGCCAUUCUCGUUUUCGGCUUCGUCUUCAACCACCUUGCCGGAAAGCUCCCCAAGAGUGGUAGCAUCGCUGCGUACCUCAUCACUUACGCGACGAUCAUUGGCCUCUUUGUUCUGUUCUCUCCCAUCACCUUCGGUAUGACUGGCCCUGCUAGUCAGUACAGCUACCUGAAGUGGUUUGACCGCUGGAGGAUCUACUAAAUCCGGAGACGGUGUUGAUCUCGGACAGAAAACGGUGUUCGGAGGGGAGAUGGGGGCUUGCAUUAGAAUUAGUGGAGUAAUAAGCUAGCUGGUGUUUGUUGAGGGAGAAAGUCGGGGACAUCUGAGAAAAAAAUAACGAAUGGAUGCUUUUGGGCAUGUAGAUGGAUGGGGGUCGGUUGCUUUCAUAUCUCGCGUGUCUGUCUUCGCUUUUACUCUCUAUUUAACUCAUCGGGUGUUCUUUUUUCUUGUAUCUUUUUCUUUUCUUCCAUAGGGAAUCAACGACGACGGAUUUAAGUUGUCGUGCCAAAGA